AUGUCUUCCUCACCUAAUGGACAACCUACACCAUCCCAAGGCACUCAUGGCCAGCUCGGAAAUACAGCAGCGCGAAGAACACUUCAACGAAAUUCUUCGCGAAUGCCUCCCUCCAGUCCUGGUGAUGCAGCGGCGGCACAACUUCAGACUGAAGCUGCGUCAUCGCAACGCUAUGUUGAUCGCGAUGCGAAUGCUAUUAGGAGCAGCUCUCCAGUUCCAUAUCCCUCGUCACCCACUCCAGCUCAUGGAAGGAAUAUGGAACGUGAUAUUAGCUCUCCUUUGCGCCAGAUGACUACUAGCCAAAUCCAAUAUGAUGACAACUUAACUCCUCGUGCGAGUAGCAGCAGGUUUGCUCGAGACUCGUCACCCAUUCGUUAUGCUCCAUCGUCUAGCCCUGGACUCAAUUCGUAUCGUCGAUCAGUACCCCCAGAUAUUAGAAGUGAUAGCAGUGGUCUUUUUAUCCGAUCAUCCAGAGGAGAAAAUGCCGGGCUAAUGUCUUCACUCAACAUUCGGAGAAGGGGGGAUAUCAAUUCUGAUAAUAUCAAUACGCCUCGUGCGAGAAGAAGAAUUUUUAUGGAUGAGAGUGGGAAUGUAACAAGAGAUAUACCCACCGAGGGAUCAGAGGCACCCACCUUCUCUAAUUUAGACCCCACUACAUCAGAUGCGGCUGCCAUGGGAGGCGAGUCUCAACUUUGUAUAUGGGGAACUAAUGUAUCUAUCAAUGAUACUCUCUCAACUUUCAAAACUUUUUUGCGGGGGUUCACCAAAAAAUAUCGGAUGUGGGCGGAUGGGAUGAGCGAAGAGGAAACUUCUCAAGAAUCUGAUGCUGAAACUAAAGAAUAUAUUGAAACAAUGAAGAAUAUGCUGACAUUGGGCGUCACAUCUCUUAACUUAGACUUUCGAAAUCUAAAAGCAUAUCCUAAAACUCAAAAAUUAUGGCAGCAAGCUCAAGAUUACCCACAAGAUGUUGUCACUUUAAUGGAUCAGGGAAUAAAAGACGUCAUGUACGAACUCGCUGAGGAGGAGACAUUAAGGAAGCGACAGUUGCAGAACAAAGCUUUAAUCUCACAACGCAACCUAAAAGCAAGCUCAGAACCGCUUAUGCUUAGUUCCGAACGGGAUGAACUUGACACUCAAGAGCGUAGCCAGGGAGUCUCUGAAGAACUAGACCUCUGCCAAGAAGUACAGAAAAGAUCAUAUAGGGUUAGACCAUUUGGACUCGAGAAAACUAUUAAUAUGCGUGACCUAAACCCCUCUGAUGUUGAUAAAAUUAUCGCCAUUAAGGGUCUCGUCAUCAGAACCACGCCCAUAAUACCAGACAUGAAAGACGCAUUUUUCCGCUGUCAAGUUUGUAAUCAUACUGUAAAAGUAGAUAUUGACCGUGGUCGUAUAGCAGAACCUACUAAAUGCCCUCGACCCAUCUGUGAUUCUCCGAACUCCAUGCAGAUUGUUCACAACCGCUCAGAAUUCAUGGACAAGCAGGUAAUUAAGUUUCAGGAAACACCGGACUCUGUCCCAGCUGGGCAAACACCUCACUCGAUUACUAUGUGUGCAUAUGAUGAACUAGUAGAUUUUUGUAAAGCGGGCGAUCGUGUCGAAAUUACUGGAAUCUUUAAAGCUAGUCCUGUUCGUGUAAAUCCGCGACAACGAACGUUAAAAAAUGUCUACAAAACAUACAUUGACGUUCUUCAUAUCCAAAAAGUUGACAAGAAACGUAUGGGAAUUGAUGUUUCUACAGUUGAGCAAGAUCUCUCGGAACAAACAGCCACAAAUAUUGAAGAGGCACGGCGAGUUAGCGAUGAAGAAAAAGAAAAAAUUCUUCAAACUGCAUUGCGUCCAGAUAUAUAUGAACUUCUAUCUCGCUCGCUUGCGCCUAGUAUUUUUGAGAUGGACGAUGUCAAGAAAGGUAUUUUACUGCAGCUAUUUGGCGGUACUAACAAGACUUUUGAGAAAGGAGGAAGUCCCAAGUAUCGAGGAGAUAUUAACAUUCUACUAUGUGGGGACCCAUCUACGUCCAAGUCACAACUAUUGCAGUAUGUCCACAAGAUUGCUCCACGCGGUUUGUAUACAAGUGGAAAGGGAUCUUCUGCCGUUGGCUUGACCGCCUAUGUCACCCGAGACCCAGAAACUCGGCAACUUGUUCUGGAAUCAGGAGCUCUCGUCCUCUCAGACGGAGGUGUUUGCUGCAUUGACGAAUUUGAUAAAAUGUCAGAUGCUACCAGAUCAGUUCUGCAUGAAGUCAUGGAGCAACAGACAGUUUCUAUAGCCAAAGCUGGAAUAAUUACUACGCUCAAUGCGCGAACGAGUAUCCUCGCGUCAGCCAAUCCCAUUGGUAGCAAAUACAAUCCUAAUCUUCCUGUACCACAAAAUAUUGAUCUGCCUCCAACUCUUCUAUCUCGCUUCGAUCUUGUAUAUCUUAUUCUAGAUAGAGUUGAUGAAACAAAUGACCGACGACUUGCGCGCCACUUACUGAGUAUGUAUCUGGACGACAAGCCUCAGAGUGCAUCUGGUGGCAUGGAAAUAUUGCCUGUCGAAUUUUUGACUUCGUACAUAUCAUAUGCGCGCCACACUUGUCAACCCCGUAUCAGCGCAGAAGCUGCCGAAGAACUUGUCACAGCUUAUGUUGAGAUGCGUAAGCUUGGCGAGGACAUCCGGGCAGCAGAGCGACGGAUCACUGCAACUACGCGCCAGCUCGAAUCUAUGAUUCGACUUGCCGAAGCUCAUGCAAAGAUGCGACUCUCAGACACAGUAGGACGCGAUGACGUAAGCGAGGCAGUGCGCCUUAUCAAAUCUGCCCUAAAACAAGCGGCAACAGAUGCGCGGACUGGGCUGAUUGAUAUGAGCUUACUGACCGAAGGUACGAGCGCGAGUGAGCGUCGACGUAAGGCAGAUCUGAAGAGAGCUACUUUGGCUCUGCUCGAUGAAAUGACCGGCCAGGGUCAGUCGGCCCGAUAUAUCGAGGUUAUAAAACGGCUUGGCGAGCAGAGCAGCAUGCCCAUCGAAAGUUCCGAGUUCGCCGAAGUUGUUCGCCUUCUUGAGCAAGAAGGUCUCAUCAUGGUUGUGGGCGAAGGCGUACGUAAAGCCAUUCGCCGCCUUACAGGUGCUGCUUAA